GUGAUGCCCCGUCCUUCGAGAUGAGUCCGCUAGUAGGCCCCCAUAACGCACCAGGCGGUAUCUGGGCAGGUGAAGCGUGGGAAAACGACAUGCAAGGUGGCGGCCUGCUUCACCAGUGGUUUCUGGGUGGGUGGGGGCUGAUGAUCGGCGAGAUGUGGGAUUUGGAGCGCUUGUGUGAGAAGGCGGAGGAGUUGGGACGGCACACGUGCUUUGUUAGCAGUGUGCCGUUGAAGGUUCCCGGUGGUGUGGCGAGUCCGCCGAAUGCUGUUGCAAUAUUCUAGGCGGCCAUGAUGGAAUUACAUAGCUUGUUGGUACUGAUCAUACUCAUUAUGAGUAGUAGUUUGAGGAUGUUUGAAUCGA